UCAACUCCUUCCACUCCCUCGACUGCCCCUCAACCCCUCCUCAAACUCCCUCUUCUUCCUCAUUCCCGCCUCUCGCUUCUCUCCCUCUCCCCUCUCACCUCAAGUAAAGAUGCGCAAGACUCCUUAGUCCAACGAUCAUACCGUCGUGACUGGAGGGCUCUUUCAUUAUUGUGGUCGAAUCAUUCGUUGCAAUCGUCCUUCUACAGUAUCCAAGCCCUUGCGUCAAGCGGCUUGUCUGGUUUAUCGCACGAGGCGAGUUUGUUCUCGUUCAGCGGCCUCGAAUACGACGUCAGAAUCUCGCCCGGCAGUGCAUCGAACCACAAAGGAUUGUGCCGCCAUGGGUUGCUGUGUCUCCAGCCCAUCACCCUACCCCGCGCAACAAGCCAAUUCUUCCUCCCGCGCCAUAAACUCCUCAGAACCUCAGUCGCAGGCUACCUUCCCAAGACCUUCCACCCCCGCCUCCAACUUGGUUCCUGGCAUACCCCACCCCUCCCAUAUUCACAGUCGCAGGCACCGCCAACAUGGAUCUUCACGACCGCUCUCCUAUGUCCUCAAUCGCCCUCUGAAACCGCAUGUGUGGCGGAGCGACGAUCGCACCUGGACACGAACAGAGUUAGACCGAGAACGUGUGGAAUUCUUUGACACCCGUGUGACCGGGCGCGCAGAAAUAUGGCAGGUGAUACACGCGGCUCUGGAAAUAUUAUGGAAUGGGGGCAGUGAUGGGGACCAAGAUGGAGGGUGGGCGACUGCGCAACAGAUUCUGGACGCAGCUGGGGUCACUGUUCCAACUGGUGACAUGGCUAGUGGGGUAUAUGAUGUUUUCGGCGCAUUCUACCAACUGCCGGAGUACAUUGUCUCAGAUCCGAUAAACAUGAUAGAAUCAGACCAGGCUGAGAGGAGUGGACCUUCCAGUGAGGAUGAGGAGGAGCUUUUGAGGCGCGGGGAAGAGGAUGGACAAAAGCCUCUUGAGCCAGAAGAUAUGAUGACUGUCAAAGCAAGGCGCAGUGACGGUCAGGCUCAAGAUCUAUGCAUAGACGUUCCCAAGGGAUGUUCUGUGCGUUUGUUGAUUGAGAGGUUCACCGAGGAAGCAAAGAUCUCGCCGCCGCAAGGUCUCAAACUCGCAUACCUGGGCAGAAUAUUGGACCCGAAACGGUCUCUCGAAUCCCAAGGAUGGCGGAACGAACAUGUGUUGAAUGCAUUGGUAUUUGGGUGAAGCUAUACAUACAUAGUGUUUCUUGUUUCUUCUCCAGAUUAGGCCCUCCUUGAUGGGGGUCCAAGGACGUUUUCUCUGCAUGAUCCUCACGUUAUAGGAAGGACAUUGGGUAUACCCCGGGCGUUUUUGAAAUCCUCAGGUCUCGUUGUUGUCACGGCGUUCUUCAACCAAGCAUUUUUUAGCGUGCUGGCAAUCUGGCACGCAUACAUAGUUUCUCUCCAGUAUCCAAUACC